CAACCAUGUCUCUCGUUGCCGCUUCCCUUUUAGGAUUUCCCAUCUUCCUUUCCCCAAACACGGUGUUCCCUCGUCUGCUCAGUUCUCUAGCACUUGGUAUGAAUACCUGACCACAAGCUAUAUCAUUGUCCCCCGCUUCCGUCACCUCCAACCUCCCUCCUCCGUACAGCUUUCUCACCGGCCGCAACAAUGGCUGGGCAGUCCAAGGUUGCACCACUACCGCCUUGGGGCAGUGCUAUAGCCGGUGCGUCUGGUGCUGUGUUGGCGAAUGCCAUUGUCUAUCCGCUGGACAUAGUCAAGACGCGGCUCCAAGUACAAGUCAAACGUAAGCCCUCGGCAGAACCCACCAACCCGGCCGAUGGAGAACAUUACACCUCGACUCUGGACGCCAUAAACAAGAUCGUGCGGGAUGAUGGUGUUCCGGGCCUUUAUGCCGGCUUAACGGGCUCUCUGAUUGGAGUCGCAUCAACGAACUUUGCAUACUUUUACUGGUACACGGUAGUCCGAACGCUCUACAUCUCCUCGCAGAAGGUCCAGGGUAAACCAAGCACCGCUAUCGAGCUCUCGUUGGGCGCCGUCGCAGGCGCCGUCGCUCAACUUUUCACAAUUCCGGUGGCUGUGGUGACAACCCGACAACAGACAGUAUCUAAGUUGGAGAGGAAAGGACUCAUAGCGACAGGUCGAGAGGUCGUGAAUAGCGAGGAUGGAUGGACGGGCCUCUGGCGGGGGUUGAAGGCAAGCCUGGUCUUAGUUGUGAAUCCGGCCAUCACAUACGGAGCUUAUCAGCGAUUACGGGAUGUAUUGUACCCCGGGAAGACGACUUUGAGGCCCUGGGAGGCAUUCAUUCUAGGGUCCAUGUCGAAAGCACUGGCAACAAUUGCAACCCAGCCGCUCAUAGUGGCCAAGGUUGGCCUUCAGUCGAAGCCACCACCAGCGCGCAACGGCAAACCAUUCAAGAGUUUCAUAGAGGUCAUGUCCUUCAUCAUUGAGCACGAAGGCCUUCUUGGACUCUUUAAGGGUAUCGGGCCGCAGAUCUUGAAAGGACUACUGGUCCAAGGAUUCCUAAUGAUGACCAAGGAGAGGGUUGAGCUGCUCUUCAUUCUCCUAUUCCGAUACCUGCGCAAAAUCCGCACCGAGAAGCUUCAGAAAUUGGCAGACCUGGCCGCCGAUAGGGCCAGAACGACGGCCCCUAUCCUUGUAAAAUAGAUAUGGGAUUUAUGUACAACCAUUCACCCUUUUCCAAUUUGGGCUCCGGGCGUUUUUUAUUUUGACCGUGCAUACUGGCACAUUAGAGUCUUGCGCGGCUCUGGGGAUAUUUUGUGCUACUGUUGAUGAUCAAGUAGACGGGAUACAUAGCAACCUAUCAAUUCAUGUAUCAAACUUAGCCUUGGAGAUCCAGCAUCUGUUUAGGUCAGUCUUGGGGCCAUGAGUGCUGAUGUCACGCGGGGCAUGGAAAAGGUGGCGCAUUAUUUCUACAGCAAGUGUCUCGUGUGUACACUGUCUACCACUGCUUGGGCUGCUUCAAUGUAUUUUCCGGGAUCUAAAGAAGAUAAAUGCUCUCCGUCUUGGG